AUGUGCUGGAUCUCGACAAACGGGUGGCUCGCGGUUCGCCGAACGGAUGGAGGAGUACUCGACGAAGAAGCUGGUAGAGCAGAAGAGGCGCCUCGAGGAUUCCUUCGCCUGAUGCCAAAAUCGCGGACCAAGGCUCCUCUCCCACGCAAAGUGCGCUUUCUCGGCGUGCCGGUUGACGAUGAUAGGACUGGCAAGGCAGGCGGAGAAGAGGCGGUGGGCGGGAUCUCGAGGGGCGGAGAGAGUGCUCAGGGCGGCGACAGCAUCUGGGAGUACGUUCCGGCCGAGGAGAAGGGGCGUACGAUGAUGCCGCUGAAAUCGGCCAUGAAGAAGACCAAGGUUCGUUCGCUCUUUCUUUCCGAGUCCGCUCCUUCCUUUUUCGGAUCACACCGGUGGUGGUGGUGA